AUGUCUUCCAUCGUCAAUGCCCUCAGCGAUCUCGUCUCGUCCAUGGUCGAGCUCGUCUGGUCCUUCAUCACCACUGCCGGCGCGCUAGUCCAGAAGACGGUCCAGUUCGCUCUCAACUUCGUGUUGGAGAUGAUCGACCUCGUGGUUAACUUCUUCCGUGGUCUCGUGGACCUUGCUGGCGGUAUCGUUAGCUUCGUACUCGGUAACGUCCUUAUGCUGGGCGUCGUCGCCGCCGCAGUCUUCGGCUUCCUCAAAUACCAGCGCAGCCAGGGCAAACAGGUUACGGUCGGCAACAAGAAGCUGAAUUAG